GCUCGGAGCCCGCGGAGCGAGGAGGCGCCCCCGCCGCGGCCGCCGCGCCGCCCGGCCGCUCGCUCGGCAGGUUCUGCUGGAGACUUACAUUUGGCCUCGAUGUGAAAUUAAAGUAGAAAAUCGUAUCUACAUGUAUGUUAAUAUCAGGAUGUUGAUUCAUUGGUCAUGCCUGCAGAGUGAAAUUCAGUUGUAGACGGCUGACUGCCAGCAGAAAUAAAUGCUUACCCUAGAUGUCCAGCAUCUCUCCUUUUUACUGGAGUGAAAAUCCCCUCCAGACACCAACACAACGUCACUGCAGAAAAUGCUUCGCAUUUUAAGGAUGUCAGCCACCUAAGUUCAUGCGCCCUGUCUGUACAGUUGCUGUGGACGGUUUACCAUCUGAAAGCUCCUCCAGCUCUUACCCAGGCCCCGUCUCUGUCUCUGAAAUGUCUCUGCUUCAUGCUCUGGGUCCCGUGCAGACCUGGCUGGGACAAGAGCUGGAAAAAUGUGGCAUUGAUGCCAUGAUUUAUACUCGAUACGUCCUCAGUCUUCUGCUGCAUGACAGCUGUGACUACGACCUGCAGGAACAGGAGAAUGACAUCUUCCUGGGCUGGGAAAAAGGAGCUUAUAAGAAAUGGGGAAAGAGUAAGAAAAAGUGCUCAGAUCUAACUCUCGAAGAAAUGAAAAAACAGGCUGCUGUCCAGUGUCUUCGAUCUGCUUCUGAUGAAAGCUCUGGCAUUGAGACUUUAGUGGAGGAGCUCUGCUCCAGGCUGAAGGACCUGCAGAGCCAGCAAGAAGAGAAGAUUCACAAGAAGUUAGAGGGGUCUCCCUCUCCAGAGGCAGAAUUAUCGCCCACAGUGAAGGAUCAAGUGGAAAUGUACUAUGAAGCGUUUCCACCGCUGUCCGAGAAGCCAGUUUGCCUGCAGGAAAUCAUGACCGUGUGGAACAAGUCCGCAGUCGGCUCCUACUCGAGCUCGUCCUCCUCGUCCACAGCCCCUCCAGCCAGCACAGACACGCCCUCCCCCAAGGACUGCAACAGCGAAGGCGAGGUCAUCCGGGAGAGAAGCGGCGACGCGCCGCCCGCCAGCCUGCACGAGAGAACGCAGAGCGGCCGCAGCCACAGCGAGAAGGAGAACAGGUUCAGGAACGGGCCCGGCGAAGAGCGGCCCGCGCCGCCGCCGCCGUCCAAGAAGCAGAGCCGGCACCGGCCAGACGGGAAGCCGCGCCCGCGCUCCUGGUCAUCCGGCUCCAGCGAAGCCGGCUCGAGCUCCAGCGGGAACCAGGGGGAGCCCAAGGCGUCCGCGAAGUGCGUGAAGUUGAGGCACAAGGUGCGGGAGAUCCGGAACAAGAAAGGUGCGCGCAGCGGGCAGAGCCGGCUCUCGCUGAAGCGCGGCGAGAAGGCAGAGAGAAGCCCGCACGCCGCCGGGAGCAGCAGCAGCAGCGGCGGCGGCGGCUCCUUCCGACAGCUGUGCAAGCGGGGCAAGCGGCCGCUGAAGGAGCUGGGCAGGAAGGAGGCGGGGGGCGCCGAGGGCAGAGACCUGUUCCUGGAGAGCAGGACGGACAGGGAGUACAAGGAGGAGCCGCUGUGGUACACCGAGCCCAUCGCCGAGUACUUCGUCCCUCUGAGCAGAAAAAGCAAGCUGGAGACCACGUACCGCAACAGGCAAGACGCCGGCGACGCGACCUCAGCGGCUGUGGAGGAGUUGUCCGAGUCAGUGCACGGCCUCUGCAUCAGCAACAAUAAUAUUCAUAAAACAUACCUCGCAGCAGGUACUUUCAUCGAUGGCCAUUUUGUAGAAAUGCCUGCAGUCAUAAAUGAGGAUAUCGACCUCGCUGGGACCUCAUUCUGUCCUCUGCCAGAGGACGACAAAUACUUGGAUGAUAUUCAUCUGUCAGAAUUAACACACUUCUACGAAGUGGAUAUUGACCAAUCCAUGUUGGAUCCUGGUGCCUCAGAAACCACGCAAGGAGAAAGUCGGAUUUUAAAUAUGAUUCGACAAAAAAGCAAAGAGAAGACAGAUUUUGAGGCAGAAUGUUGCAUAGUGUUAGAUGGAAUGGAGUUGCAAGGGGAACGUGCAAUAUGGGCAGACUGUACCAGCUCUGUGGGCGCUGAGGGCUUUCUCCUGCAAGACCUUGGCAGCCUGGCCCAGUUCUGGGAGUGCUGUUCGUCCAGCUCUGGCGAUGCCGACGGGGAGAGUUUUGCGGGAGACUCCCCGGUUCGACUCUCCCCGACCUUAGACAGCACAGUGCUCAAUCCGCAUUUGCUGGCCGGCAAUCAAGAGCUCUUUUCAGAUAUUAAUGAAGGAUCUGGUAUAAACUCCUGUUUUUCAGUGUUUGAAGUGCAAUGCAGUAAUUCUGUUUUACCCUUUUCUUUUGAAACACUCAACUUGGGAAAUGAAAAUACAGAUUCUAGUGCUAACAUGCUUGGGAAAACACAGUCUAGAUUACUAAUAUGGACCAAAAAUAGUGCCUUUGAAGAAAAUGAACACUGUUCUAAUCUUUCAACAAGAACUUGCAGUCCAUGGUCCCAUUCAGAAGAAACACGUUCAGACAAUGAGACGUUAAAUAUCCAGUUUGAAGAAUCCACACAGUUUAACGCAGAGGAUAUUAAUUAUGUAGUUCCUAGAGUCUCAUCCAAUUAUGUAGAUGAAGAACUCCUAGAUUUUUUGCAGGAUGAAACUUGCCAGCAAAACAGUAGGACUUUAGGAGAAAUCCCAACGUUAGUUUUCCAAAAAAAAUCUAAACUAGAAUCUAUCUGUGGUAUUCAGCUAGAACAAAAAACAGAGAACAAAGCCUUCGAAACUACGCAAGUGUGUGGUGAAGGCAGUCCGCGUGGAGAUGGCUACAGCUCAGGGGUUAUGAAAGACAUUUGGACAAAGAUGGCAGAUAGAAAUUCUGCAGCUCUGCUAGAAAUAGAAAGCGUUGAUGAUGAGUUGUUUCCGACAGAUGUAAAUAACUACUGCUGCUGUUUGGAUGCUGAGGCUCCAAUGGAGCCCCUCCAGGAGCCGAGCAAGGCCGUGCAGAGAUCAGAAUACCAUCUGUGGGAGGGCCAGAAAGAGACCCUGGAGAAGAGAGCCUUUGUGUCCGGCGAGCUGUCCAAGGUGGAUGGCGGGGACUACACCACCCCCUCGAAACCUUGGGACGUGGCCCAAGACAAAGAGAACUCAUUCAUCCUGGGAGGAGUUUAUGGGGAGCUCAAAACCUUUAACAGCGAUGGGGGGUGGGCAGUCGUACCGCCCAGUCACACCAAAGGGAGCUUGCUGCAGUGUGCCGCUUCCGACGUGGUGACCAUAGCGGGGACAGAUGUCUUUAUGACCCCCGGAAACAGCUUCGCUCCUGGCCACAGGCAGUUAUGGAAGCCCUUUGUGUCCUUCGAACAGAGCGACCAGCCGAAGAGCGGGGAAAACGGAUUGAAUAAGGGAUUUUCCUUCAUCUUCCAUGAAGACUUACUAGGAGCUUGUGGCAACUUUCAAGUUGAAGACCCUGGACUCGAGUAUCCCUUCUCUUCCUUUGACUUAAGCAAUCCAUUUUCACAGGUUCUCCACGUAGAGUGUUCCUUUGAACCCGAAGGGAUUGCGUCUUUCAGUCCAAGCUUCAAACCGAAAUCAAUCCUCUGCUCCGAUUCCGACAGCGAAGUUUUCCACCCCAGGAUAUGCGACGUCGACAGGACGCAGUACCGGGCUAUCCGGAUCUCCCCCAGGACUCACUUUCGCCCCAUCUCUGCAUCUGAACUCUCCCCCGGAGGAGGAAGUGAGUCAGAAUUUGAAUCCGAGAGAGACGAAGCAAAUGUUCCCAUUCCUUCUCAAGUCGACGCAUUCGAAGAUCCACAGGCAGAUCUCAAACCGCUGGAAGAGGACGCAGAGAAAGAAGGCCAUUACUAUGGGAAGUCCGAGCUUGAGUCUGGGAAGUUCCUCCCCAGGCUAAAGAAGUCUGGGAUGGAGAAGAGUGCCCAGACGUCCCUGGAUUCCCAGGAGGAGUCGGCCGGGGUCCUGCCGGCAGGAGAGCGGAGCCCGUGUCUGGAGUGCAGCAUGAGCGGGCCUCUGGAGACCGGCCUGGAAAGCUCAGAAGCAAACUGUAAGAUAAUGGCACAGUGUGAGGAAGAGACUAACCAUCCCUGCAGCUGCAGAGCAGGCUGCCAGCUCCCUGCUUAUGAAGAUAAUCCAGUUUCUUCAGGACAGCUGGAAGAGCAGUUCCCUGUAUUGAACACUGAUGUGCAUGGAAUGAACCGGAGUCAAGAGAAACAAACCUGGUGGGAGAAAGCCUUGUACUCGCCUCUUUUCCCCGCCUCGGAGUGUGAAGAAUGUUAUACAAAUGCCAAGGGAGAGAAUGGUAUAGAAGAGUAUCCAGAUGUUAAAGAAAUGCCCAGUAAUGAAGAGCGUCUGUUAGAUUUUAAUAGGGUGUCUUCUGUUUAUGAAGCGAGGUGCACAGCAGAGCGGGACGCCGGAGCCCAGCCCAACGGCUUCCACCGCACGCCGUGCUCCAGCGCCGGCUCCGCCGCGGAGGACUCAGGCUUGGAAGGUGGAGGCGAGUGGGCGGACCCCGGCGAGGAGGCGCUCUUCUCCCGAACUCAUCUCUAACCCCGCCCCCCCGCAGAGCAGUACAAGUUAUUUUUUUUUAAUUGCUAUGUGAGGGGGAAAGUACCCUUUUGUGAGGCCUGUUAAUCUAAAACAACAACUUAGGUUUCUUCUUCAAUUAACUGGUUCAGAUCAGUAAUUCUCUCUUGCUUAUUUUAGAGUUGAGGACAGCUGUCCUGUUGAAGAUUUUCUUUCUUUCUUUCUUUUUCUUCUUCCAAGCUGUUAAAAUUCUUGGCUCUCUGAACUAGACUAGAACCGGUGUGCAUGUGCUCGUCUUGAAGCAUCACUGCCUUCCGCGUCCUCUCGCUGCCGCAGCCCUCCCCACUUCCAGCCGCAGUCCGUCACCGCCCCCGCCCUUGCUAGCACCGCAGCGUCAGCGCCCACGUUCACUCCUCAGAGACUCUAGCUUCGGGGACACGCAGGCUCUGUCCUCUCCGAACUGGGGUGUGAACGCAUACCCCCGCAGCGAGUCAUGCCUGUCUCCGGAGGCCAGAGGGCAGCCCGGGUGACUCAUCCCCGGUCGCCAUUCAGUAAAAAAAAUCUCAUGUACAUUUAACGUAGGAACUGCAAGGGUGUGCUUUUAGAGACUUAACAAAAAUACUGUGUUUUCUAUCUUAGGAUCUUCCCCUAGAGUAUGUACCAUGGACAGUGCCAUGGUCGGGGCCUCCUCGCUAGCUGAGGCAGCCAAGCACUUGGAGGUGUGGGGUGGCAUGUGAGGCCAGGUGCGGCGGAGGGCGGGCCGGGACACCCCAGCCCGCUCUCGUCGCAGCCUCUUUGACCCCCGCAGACACCAGUCAGGGUUGUUUGCGGUGAGUCUUGGCAAUACUCGGUGAGGACCUGAGUUGCCGGUGAGAUUCUUGCAGUGACCGACAUGGAAUCCAAGCCGCCCCCCACCCCCCGUUCCCACCCCCGCCCCAGAACUUGAGAUUGUAAACGUCUGACCUGAAACGUAGGCCACCUCACGACCCCAAAGAGACCUUGGCUGCAGCAGCUGGCUGCGCUCCUGGCUCUGACUUAGCGUAGCUUAGAUCUCCUUUUGUGUUUGAGAGAAUGUUCUGGGCAAGUUGUGUGUGUGGCGGGCCGGGGGCAGAGUCCUGGUUUCUCCCAUACCGCUGUGACGGCUCCACGGGGCCCACCCGCCAGUGGCAUCCAGAAGCCAGGGCUCGGUCCGUCUCGUCCAGGCCCAUCCGUUUCACAAUGGUCACUUCCUCAAGCUUUUCACGCCGCCGGGCAACAGGCUGAAGUUAGAAGGAGCAAUAUUUGCAAAACCUAAAUGUUUAAAAUUACUUUUCUUUUUUAAACCGACGUGUGAGAUCAGUUGAGCGUGUCUGUAACGUCGGGAAGUCUUAACUGGAUGAGACAGCUCCACCACUGAUUCUGGCGGGCACUAGACCCGUAACAUGUACUAGCUGGGAGCUGAGCUGGCCGAGAAUACGUGGUUUGCUUCAAGCAUUGGGUUUCAUUGCCUUGCCUUCAUGAUGACACAGGAAACUCCCUCCAGGGCCGUGGAGUCACCCCCUCCCCCGGCACUCUCUGUCCUCACUGUGGGAAACCUGAUGGGCCGUGGGGUUUGGUCUCACCACACGUCAGGGUUUGUUUUUAUACAGCACAUCUUUGACACUUUAAAGUGGGUUUGUGUGUGUGUGUGUGUGUGUGUGUGCGCGUGUGUAAGGUUUUUAUGUUGCUGUUAUUUAUUUAUAGACUUUAUAAGGGUUUAUGUAUUUUUCUUUCUUCCAGAGCUUCCUAAAAAUUGAUUAGCAUCUGCACUGAAAUAUAAUUUUUAACAGCAAAGGCAAAAAAAGAAUUGGAAGUUGUAAAAUUCCUAAAAAAAAAUCACUACAGUGACGAUCAUUCUAGAAAUCGUUGCUCAUGUAGCCGAGACCAAAUAAAUAGAUUUCAGACACAACCUUUAGCUCGGUGAUUUCGGACAGCUGCUUUUUUUUUUUUAUCAUGAAAAGGCUCCAGGUGGUCACGUGCAGACUUCCUCACGCUGGUGGGAAGGCGACGCACCUCCCACGGGAACGGGAAGGGAUUACAAGUGGGCGAGGGAGUGAACAGAUUACGUAUUUAUUUGUUUUCGUAGCUAAGUGGCUGAAGCCCGGAGGCUCUCAGCGACAGAGUUGAAAGUUGUGGUUUUCAGUUUUGUAAGUGAGUGAUCACAAAGAAAAAGCAUCUCUUUAAAAAGUUGGCAAAACGCUGAAACGCACUGUGGUAUGAAGCGCGUUGCACAUCUUAGCACUGAAGCACCAGUUUCCCAUUCCUGGGCUGAGAUUCUUUUCCCGUGGUUGUAUCGUUCUGAUUUCACGUACACCAGAGUAACCGAUUUUUUGUUUUGUUUUGUUUUCUUGUGGAGUUAACACCAAAUAAAAAAGUUAAAAAGC